AUGGUGGUUCCGUCGAAGAAAGAACACAGCGGAAAACGUAAUGAUUCUUUAAAGGCAUCUAAACCGUCGCACAAACCGUUUAAGAAGACCAAGGACGAUGUUGCAGCGAGGUCUGAAGCCAUGGCUAUGCAGCUCGAAGAGGUUCCUGACUUUCCUCGAGGAGGAGGUUCUUCUCUGAGCAAAAGAGAGCGUGAGAAAAUCCAUGAAGAAGUGGAUGCUGAGUUUGAGGCAGAUGAGCGUGGUUCUAAGAGGACUAAAGGGGGGAAAUCUAAAAAGAGAAUCCCUACUGAUGUAGACGAAUUGGGAUCUCUUUUUGAUGGUUUUACUGGGAAACAGCCAAGAUAUGCCAAUAAGAUUACCAUUAAGAAUAUAUCCCCAGAAAUGAGGCUUUUGGGAGUUGUUACUGAAGUAAACCAGAAAGACAUUGUGAUUAGUCUUCCAGGUGGCUUACGUGGAUUAGUUCGCGCAAGCGAGGCAUUGGAUUUUACAGAUUUUGGGACUGAGGACGAUGAAAAUGAACUCCUUCGAGACAUUUUUUCUGUGGGUCAGCUUGUUCCGUGCACUGUACUGCAGUUAGAUGAUGAUAAGAAGGAGGCAGGCAAAAGGAAAAUAUGGCUCUCAUUGCAACUUUCUUUAUUGCAUAAGGGAUUCAGUUUGGAUUCCUUUCAACCAGGGAUGGUGGUUAGUGCAAACGUAAAGAGUGUCGAAGACCAUGGUUAUAUCCUUCACUUUGGAUUGCCUUCUAUCACAGGAUUUAUCGAAAAAAGCAAUGAUGGAACCCAAGAGUUAAAGACUGGGCAACUUAUUCAAGGCGUUGUUACAAAUAUUGAUAAAGAACGUAAAAUUGUUCGUCUUAGUUCGGACCCAGAUUCAGUGGCGAAGUGUGUGACCAAGGAUCUUAGUGGGAUAUCGUUUGAUCUUCUCAUUCCAGGCAUGAUGGUUAAUGCCCGUGUGCACUCCGUCCUAGAGAAUGGGAUAUUGUUAAGAUUUCUUAUGCACUUUACUGGAACAGUUGAUCUAUUCCAUUUACAAAAUCCAAUGUGUAACAAAAGCUGGAAGGAUGAGUAUAAUCAGACUAAGAUGGUUAAUGCUAGAAUAUUGUUUAUCGAUCCAUCAACUAGAGCUAUUGGUUUGACGUUGAACCCACAUCUUAUCGGUAACAAGGCUCCUCCUUUGCAUGUCUCUAGCGGAGGCAUAUUCGACGAAGCAAAAGUUAUGCGUGUUGAUAAAUCAGGCCUUCUUCUUGAACUCCCUUCCAAGCCUGUUUCAACUCCAGCAUAUGUUAGCACAUAUGACGUCGCAGAAGGUGAAGUAAAGAAACUGGAAAAGAAGUACAAAGAAGGUAACCGUAUCCGUGUUCGAAUCCUCGGACUUAAGCAGAUGGAGGGGUUGGCCAUAGGGACUAUAAAGGAAAGCGCUUUUGAAGGUCCAGUUUUCACCCACUCAGAUGUCAAGCCUGGUAUGGUGACGAAUGCUAAAAUCAUAUCUGUUGAUACAUUUGGUGCCAUUGUCCAAUUUCCGGGUGGUCUGAAGGCAAUGUGCCCACUUCGGCAUAUGUCUGAGUUUGAAGUUACGAAGCCGAGGAAAAAGUUCAAGGUUGGAGCUGAAUUAAUAUUCCGUGUUCUUGGCUGCAAAUCAAAGAGAAUAACUGUUACCUACAAGAAAACACUUGUGAAAUCUAAACUUCCGAUUUUGAGUUCUUACGCUGAUGCAACUGAAGGACUUGUGACGCAUGGCUGGAUAACAAAGAUUGAAAAGAAUGGAUGCUUUGUUCGAUUCUAUAAUGGGGUGCAAGGAUUUGUUCCCAGAUUUGAACUUGGUUUGGAGCCUGGAAGUGAUCCUGAUUCAGUGUUUCAUGUCGGGGAGGUUGUCAAAUGUAGAGUAACCAGUGCGGUUCAUGGUACUCGAAAGAUCAACCUCAGUUUUAUGAUAAAGCCAACAAGUGUUUCUGAAGACGAUUCAAUCAAGUUAGGUAGUAUUGUGUCAGGGAUAAUUGAUAGUAUAACUCCUCAGGCAGUCAUUGUCCGUGUUAAAUCCAAAGGUUUUCUGAAGGGAACAGUUUCUACUGAACAUUUAGCUGAUCAUCAUGAGCAAGCAAAAUUAAUGAUGUCACUCUUAAAACCUGGAUAUGAGCUUGACAAGCUGCUGAUAAUAGACAUUGAAGGCAACAACUUGACUCUCUCUUCAAAGUAUUCUCUCAUUAAGUUAGCUGAAGAGCUUCCUUCGGAUUUUAGCCAGCUCCAGCCUAACUCAGUGGUUCAUGGUUAUGUUUGUAACUUGAUUGAAAAUGGCUGCUUUGUCCGUUUUCUGGGUCGAUUGACUGGUUUCGCCCCGAGAAGCAAGGCAAUUGACGAACCCAGGGCAGAUCUGUCACAAUCCUUCUUUAUUGGGCAAUCGGUUCGGGCUAAUAUAGUUGAUGUCAAUCAAGAAAAAAGCAGGAUAACUCUUUCACUGAAACAGUCAUCUUGUGCUUCUAUAGAUGCUUCUUUUGUGCAAGAGUACUUCCUAACGGAUGAGAAGAUCUCGAACCUGCAAUCAUCUGAUAGUCCUGAAAGUGAAUGUAGUUGGGUUGAGAAGUUCUCUAUUGGGAGUUUGAUCAAGGGAACCAUACAGGACCCAAAUGAACUGGGUGUGAUGGUGAAUUUUGAAAAUAUUGAUAACGUCCUUGGUUUUAUACCUCAGUAUCAUUUGGCUGGAGCUACUUUGGAACAAGGUUCUGUUGUCCAUGCAGUUGUUCUUGAUAUUUCUAGGACAGAGAGACUGGUUGAUUUGUCUUUGAGGCCUGAUCUCAUAAACAACUCUACUAAAGAGGUGUCCAACAGUCAGUCAAAAAAGAAACGUAAAAGAGAUAUCUCCAAGGAACUUGAAGUCCACCAGAGGGUCAGUGCUGUUGUAGAGAUUGUGAAGGAGCAAUACUUGGUUUUGUCCAUUCCCGAACAUAGUUACACAAUCGGAUAUGCAUCAGUAUCAGACUAUAACACACAGAAAUCACAAGGGAAACAAUUUUCCACUGGACAAAGUGUUGUUGCGUCUGUUGAGGCUCUGCAAAACCCUUUGACGUCUGGGAGGUUGCUUUUACUCCUUGACUCUGUUUCCGGGAUUUCUGAGACAUCUCGUUCUAAGAGGGCAAAGAAGAAAUCAAGCUGUGAAGUUGGGUCUGUUGUCCAUGCCGAGAUUACGGAAAUAAAGCCGUUUGAACUAAGAGUAAACUUUGGCCAAAGUUUCCGAGGAAGAAUCCACAUAACAGAGGUAAAUGAUGCAAGUACAAGUGAAGAACCUUUGUCCAAAUUCAGAGUCGGGCAAACAAUGUCUGCAAGGGUUGUUGCAAAGCCCUGUCAUACUGAUAUUAAAAAGACUCAACUUUGGGAGCUUUCUGUAAAGCCCGCAACGCUUAGAGAGUCCAGUGAGUUGAAUGACCUACAAGUGAGUGAACAAUUGGAGUUUGUUGCUGGACAACGUGUCAGCGGAUAUGUCUACAAAGUGGACAAAGAAUGGGUAUGGUUGGCAGUAUCUCGCAAUGUGACAGCACGUAUUUUCAUUUUAGACACUGCAUGCGAAGCUCGUGAACUUGAGGAUUUUGAGAGUGGUUUUCCCAUUGGUAAAGCCGUUUCAGGCUAUGUUUUGACGUACAAUAAAGAGAAGAAAACAUUGCGGUUGGUUCAGCGUCCACUAGUUGAUAUCCACAAAAGAGACAGUGAAUCGGAUAAACUAGACGGUAGCAUUCCUGGUGAUGAUGCUACUCUAUUUAUUCACGAAGGAGACAUUCUGGGUGGAAGAAUUUCUAGGAUUCUUCCUGGUGUCGGUGGACUUCGUGUGCAAAUAGGUCCUUACGUGUUUGGUAGAGUUCAUAUUACUGAAAUCAGUGAUCCAUGGGUCUCCAAUCCAUUAGAUGGUUUUCGUGAAGGCCAAUUUGUCAAAUGCAAGGUCUUAGAAAUCAGUAAUUCUAGUAAAGGGACUUUGCAAAUUGAACUGUCAUUACGUACAUCACUAGAUGGCAUGAGUUCUGACCACCUUUCAGAAGCUUCCACCAAUGUUUUCCAACGUUUUGAGAGGAUUGAAGAUCUUUCUCCUGAUAUGGCCGUCCAGGGUUAUGUCAAGAAUACGAUGUCAAAAGGUUGUUUUAUUAUGCUUUCAAGAACACUCGAGGCUAAAGUUCUGCUGUCAAAUUUAUGUGAUACUUUUGUCAAGGAUCCCGAAAAGGAAUUUCCAGUAGGAAAACUUGUAUCUGGCAGGGUGUUAAAUGUGGAGCCGUUAUCCAAGCGGAUAGAAGUCACUUUGAAGACAGUAAAUGCUGGUGGACAACCAAAAUCUGAAUCUUAUGACUUGAAGCAAUUCCAUGUUGGAGACAUGAUUUCGGGGAGAAUCAAACGUGUGGAGCCCUAUGGCUUAUUCAUUGCAAUAGAUCAAACGAGCAUGGUUGGAUUAUGUCAUAAAUCACAGCUUUCUGAUGAUCGUAUUGAGGAUGUACAAGCCAGUUAUAAGGCUGGGGAAAGCGUCACCGCAAAGAUUUUGAAGCUGGAUGAGGAAAAGCGCCGUAUAUCGCUCGGGAUGAAGAAUUCUUAUUUGAUGAAUGGCGGCGAUGUCAAGGUUCAGCCACCAUCUGAAGAACACAUUAAUGAAGCCAGCAUGGAAUGUGACCCAAUCGAUGAUUCGAAGUCGGCAGUUGGUGAUUUUGGGUUCCAGGAUACUUCUCUGGUUCUUGCCCAAGUAGAAUCAAGGGCUUCUAUCCCUGCGCUUGAGGUUGACCUUGAUGACAUUGAGGAGUCUGACUUUGACAAAAAUCAGGAUCAGAAACUACAAGGAGCUGAUAAAGAUGAAAAGAGCAAUAGAAGGGAAAAGCAAAAAGACAAGGAGGAUAGAGAGAGAAAAAUACAAGCUGCUGAAGGAAGAUUGUUGGAGAAUCAUGCUCCUGAGAAUGCUGAUGAAUUUGAGAAAUUGGUUAGAAGCUCUCCAAAUAGCAGUUUUGUGUGGAUAAAAUAUAUGGCGUUCAUGCUCAGUUUGGCUGAUAUUGAGAAAGCCAGGUCCAUUGCUGAGAGGGCCUUGAGGACUAUAAAUAUCCGUGAAGAAGAAGAGAAGCUAAACAUAUGGGUUGCUUACUUCAAUUUGGAAAAUGAACAUGGAAGUCCUCCAGAGGAAGCUGUUAAGAAAGUGUUUGAAAGAGCCCGUCAAUAUUGUGACCCGAAGAAAGUUUACAACGCUCUCUUGGGCGUGUACGAGAGAACAGAUCAAUAUAAAUUGGCUGAUAAGCUGCUUGAUGAGAUGAUCAAGAAGUUCAAGCAAUCCUGCAAGGUUUGGUUAAGGAAAGUACAAAGUUCUCUAAAGCAACAUGAGGAAGGCAUUCAGUCCAUAGUGAAUCGCGCAUUGCUAUGUCUUCCGCGCCAUAAGCACAUUAAAUUCAUAUCACAAACGGCUAUCCUUGAGUUCAAAUGCGGAGUUGCAGAUAGAGGAAGAUCACUGUUUGAAGGUGUUCUUAGGGAAUAUCCGAAAAGAACAGACUUGUGGAGUGUUUAUCUUGACCAGGAGAUCAAGCUGGGAGAAAUGGAUGUAAUUAGAUCUUUAUUCGAGAGAGCCAUUAGCUUGAGUUUGCCUCCUAAGAAGAUCAAGUUUCUGUUCAAGAAGUUCUUGGAGUAUGAGAAAUCUUCUGGUGACGAGGAGAGAGUCGAAUACGUAAAGCAAAGGGCGAUGGAGUAUGUAGACAGUGCCUUGGCCUGA